GUACCUAAAACCUUCCAACCGCAGAGAAAACAGAGAAACCCAAAUUCAUUCGCUAAGCCGCCGGGAGCACCAUCCCUACCAACACUCUCCCCACCAUUAUUGUUACUCGGCUGCUCUCUGAGUUCGAGUCCUGCCAGUUUUCUCUCUAACGCAUAAAAAGGUUUCUCUCUUUGGUGCUCUCACCGAUCGUUCACUCGUCUCUCUUCUAAACACACAGUCUCAUCCGCGCGAAUUCUCUCAGGAGUCGGGCAACAUACGCAUCAUUGAACUGUAGCUUAUCGAGUCUUUUUCUCUUCCCCGCGGCAAGCGUCUCAUCCCUCCGCAAGUUCCUUCAACUGCGUUUACAGAAAGGUUUAAACGCUAUGGCCACGUCAAUAGUUUCACAGUUACAACGAAUCAAAUCCGCGGUACAAGUUGGUUCGGACCCAAUCAAGAGGCCCUUCACUCGCCCGUCCAUUCUCUACAGUCCAAAAGAUGCUGCCGACAUUGAUAUCGACUCCAUUUUGGGAGUUGCCCUCUCAGGUCUUGAAGCACUUGUUAAAGCAGAUGAGCGUUUUAGGAACUAUAAAAAUGACUUGUUUAGUAAUAAAACUAGAGAAUUGGAUAGAGAGUUGAUGAACAAUGAGGAGAACAGUCGCAUCGAUGAAUCUAUUAGUUUAUACUUACAGUUACUCUCAGGUUAUCUCCAUUUACCUGCAUCUCUGCAGACACUUGAGUACUUGAUUAGAAGAUAUCAGAUUCAUGAACGCGAAUGCAAUGUUCAUGAUUUGAUUCUAUGUGCUCUUCCAUACCAUGAUACACAUGCAUUUGUCAAAAUAGUUCAGCUACUUAACAUAAGAGAUAAUAAAUGGAAAUUUCUAGAUGGUGUUAAAGUAUCAGGUGCACCACCCCCUAGGUCAGUAAUAGUACAACAAUGUAUCCGUGAUGUGGAGGUUUUGGAGGCUUUAUGUGAUUAUGCAUCUCCAAAGAAGAAGUUUAAUUUUUCAAGGCCUGUGAUAAGCUUCUGCACAGCAGUUUUUGUUGAAGUUUUGGGUUCUAUGACAACCAUUAAUAGUAGUGUCGUGGGAAAGAUCUAUGGAUUUUUAGAUUAUGGACUAAAAGCUAGUGUUAAUGGAGGUUCAGACCACCAGGCCGGUGCUUUGAUAAUAGUGGGUUUACUAGCAGAGAAAGUCAAACUGAAUUCUAAUCUUGUCAAACAUUGGAUUCGAUCAAUUGCUGAAAUAGCUAGCAGAUAUGCCAAGUUGGGUGACGAACAAUGGCUUUGGUUGGCACUUUUGGCUCUAAUAAACCUUGUUCAGCUGCAAUCUGUUAACUUGCUCCCUAAGAAUGCUUUGGGAUUUUUAAUGGACAUAAGGGAUCUGUCCCAAAUUCUUCUUGGAUUGACUCGCGAAUUUGACAUUGAGAGAUUCCUUGCUGUGCUUGUGGGAUCUCUGGUUGAUCACAGUUGUGCUGGUGAUUCAUACUAUUGCGCUUUAGCUUCAGUAAUGGAGAUUGUUCCUAUGAGUAAUCUGGUUGACCAUGUAGUCUUUAGGAUCUUGACAUCCUGCAUGAGGCUAUCCUGCAAAGGAAAUCCUGUUUCAUCAGAGUCAGGAAAUUGGGCCAAAAAGACUUUGGUUGUUAUCAACAAGAUUUACCCUUCUGAACUACGUAGAGUGGUUCACAAGUUCCUGGAGGACACCAAAAUCCAAUUGGGGAAAGGAGGUAGAAUGUUAGACAAUUUAUGUAAAGUUUUGGAUGGAAAUCUGGAUUCGUCCUUGUCUAUUUCAAAUUCAAAAGCAUGGUUCGGUUUGCACCAUCCAGAGGCUUCCGUACGAUGUGCUACUCUUUCUGGUUUAAACAUGUCUGACUUUGCAGCUGAUGCCCAGGAUGUUUUUCCGAUUCAAGAUGCUAUAUUGAGCUUGCUUCGCGAUGAUGAUCUUGCUGUUGUUAAGUCAUCUUUGUCUCUCAAUCAAUUGUCUGAAAGAAUAAGCUGCUCUGAUCUUCUUGAAGCUUUGCAUCACACCCUGAAAAGAUGUCUUAGAAUGCUGACUUCAGGUUCUUCAGAUGACAUAGAUUUAGCUGUUGAUGUUGCUGCUUCAAUUAUGAAGAUUACUGUCUCAGGCUACCAUAAUGAUAUUGAUUAUUCAAAGAAACUUGCUGCUAUGAUGUUUCCUCUACUCCUAAUUCAGCCAAAGACACAGAGGCUAAGUUUAACAGCACUUGAAUCAGCAAAAGAAGUCAAGUGGCCAUUUUUUCAGAAUCUUGUUGCUCUCUCCAAUGAAGAAAAGAAAAAAAUGCAAAAAUUACUACAUGGAGGCAUAUCGCCAAUAAAUAUAGAGGUUGUUGGUAGUCUGGGAGAAGCACUUUUGUUGCACGUUGAUGAACAUAGGCUUGAGCUUAUUGAAAGUUCCUGUGAUUUCAAGUUAUCAGAACUUACAAAAUGUCGUGGUGAUUUCAAAUUGCUGGAACAAGAACGAAGGAAGUUGCAGAAAGAAUUGCAGAAAAGAGAAAGAGUAUCUGCAUUUAAUUUGGAGAUUGUUAGUAGUUUGGCUGAAACAUUUUUGAUGGAUCCUGGUAUGCAUAUGCCUUGGCUUAUGGAAAGUUGCAGUGAUCUUGCAUCCUCAAAGACAUUAUUUCUUUUGGUCCUUCUGCAGUCAUUUCUGGCUGUAAAGAAUGGUAGAGGUCAAUUUUCCACUGUUUUUGAAGUUUGCUUUCCGGUGUUGAAGAUGGAGUGGGAAAUCCAUGAUUUUGCAGUUGAUGUUUCUCUGAAAGAGUUGCAACAGUGCGAAUGCAGAGAACUCCUGUUCCAGCUGUUUGAUACUGAUGUUAACACAUUAAAUACAAAGAUCCUCGUUUGCCUCUUUUGGAGGUUGCUUGAGGCAUUUUUCUCAAUGGUGCCUGCAGAUUCCUUGGCGGGUGAUAAGGAAAGCUGGAUCAAAGAUUUGUUUAUUUUUUUCGCAGCCUCUCGAUUGAAGCAUGUUUUCAAGGAACACUGUCACUACCUAGUUAGAGGAUGCAAGAGGUCUCCUGUCUCUUUUCUGUCCAGGUUCUUUACAGAGGAAGAAGUUCCUGUUACAGUGCAAGUUGAAAGUCUUCAUUGUUUUGCAUAUCUUUGUUCUGAGAAUAACAGUUGGCCAGUUGAGCUUUUGGCUGAGUUUCCUGCGAUUCUUGUUCCAUUAUUCAGUGCCAAGCAGGAUCUCAGAAGUGCCGCCAUGAGCUGCAUUGAAGGGCUUCACGCGCUCUGGCGACGUAUUGACUUCACUAGCAAGAAAAAUGGGAGCACUUUGGUCUGGAGUCAUUUUCUUGAUGAACUGUUGGACUUAAUGAUCCAACAAAAGGAGCUAAUAUUAUCAGACAAAAAUUAUCUCUCUUCUUUCUUGAUAUCAUUGCUGGGUUUUCCUCAUAGUACCCUUUCAGUGCCACAGAACGUUGAACGGAGAUUGGAUCAAUCUACAAAAGAUAAUAUUCUUGCUUUCAUCAUUGGUUCUGUGCUAAGACUUCCUGCAUAUGGGAAGCUAGUCGUUCUCUCAUCACUCAAAGGGUUGGGCAGCGCAAUCCUAUGUAUUGAAGAUGUCAAAUCACUGCUGUCUAGACGUAGUCAAUAUUACUUUGAGCAGAACAAGUCUUCCCAGAAGCUGUCAGAAACUGAAGUCAAAAUCUUGUGCACUCUUUUGGAGAUCUGCCUCAUGCCCUCUUCAUCAUUUGAAGGACUUGAAGAUUGUUUGUUGAAGGCUUUGCAAUUGGACUCUAUCUCUCCGGAGGACCCUGGCAUUGCACAUCCAUGUAUUACUGUCCUGCAAAAGCUAAACAAUCAAGUUUACAAUGGGUUGAAGUCUGAGAUACAGGUUAUUCUUAGAUGAUGGAAGAUGAUUUGC